CUAUUGGUGGACGGUCGGUCUGGACGACAGGAGAGAAACUCCAGGAAAACGGACGGAGCUGGCGCACGGUGUAACGGGACAAGUAUACAUUUGGGCGUAAAGAGGAAACUUUGUAUGGACAUGAGGAUAUUUUGCGCUAAUUUGCUAUUUCUAAUAGAAAAGCCGGACUUAUAAGGGGGAAACACGCGUUUGCCAUCAUUUACAUUCACUAUUUAUAGCUACAGGUUUUUUUUUUAAAACAUUUUUUUCGACCUUAAUAAACAUGACUGAAAUUACAGUUUGACUUUGACCGCACGGAUGAAAAUGCGCAUCGAGCACACAGCUGUCCACUGAGGAGAGGAGGCGCUCAGAGAAGCCCGCCAAUGGUCACCUUCUGCCGGCACUUCAAAGCAACUUGUUAAAAUACUUUUCUCCACGGGCUUCAGUAAGCGAAAGGUAGCAGCAUGGCAGAGCACGAGAGCCUGGAGUUUGGAAAAGCAGAUUUUGUGCUUCUGGACCAUGUGUCUAUGGAAGAAUUCAUGACUAACCUAAAACUCAGGUUUGAGAAGGGGAGGAUUUACAGCUACAUCGGAGAGGUGGUGGUGUCUGUCAAUCCUUACCGUGCCAUGAACAUCUACGGCCGUGACAUCGUAGAGCAGUACAAGGGCCGUGAGCUGUACGAGAGGCCGCCCCACCUCUUUGCCAUCGCUGACGCUGCUUACAAAGCCAUGAAGAGGAGGAACAAAGACACUUGUAUUGUCAUCUCAGGGGAAAGUGGAGCAGGAAAGACAGAAGCCAGCAAGUAUAUAAUGCAAUACAUUGCUGCUAUCACCAAUCCCAAUCAGAGGGCUGAAGUUGAAAGGGUAAAAAACAUGCUGCUUAAAUCCAACUGCGUCUUGGAGGCCUUCGGGAACGCCAAGACCAACCGCAACGACAACUCCAGCCGCUUCGGCAAGUACAUGGACAUCAAUUUUGACUUCAAGGGAGAUCCCAUCGGAGGCCACAUCAACAACUACCUGCUUGAAAAGUCCAGGGUCAUUUUCCAACAGCCAGGAGAGAGGAGCUUUCAUUCAUAUUACCAGCUGCUCAGAGGAGCUCCCGAUUCCCUGUUGCGCUCUCUUCACAUCCAGAAGGACCCGACAGCCUACAACUACAUCAAAGUUGGAGGCCAGAUUAAGUCUUCCAUCAAUGAUGGGGCUGAUUUCAAAGCUGUAGCCGAUGCCAUGAAAGUGAUCGGUUUCACAGGGGAUGAGGUUCAGACUGUUUACAAGAUCCUGGCCACCAUCCUACAUCUGGGCAACCUGACGUUCGGGGUGGACGGUGAUGUGACCUUGAUAGAGAACACAAAGCUGGUAUCUGUGAUCAGGGAGCUGCUGUCCACCAAAGAAGAAAACGUGGAGAAGGCCCUGCUCUACCGCACUGUGGCCACGGGUCGCGACGUCAUCGAAAAACAGCAUACGGCACAAGAGGCCAGCUACGGACGGGACGCUCUAGCCAAGGCCAUGUAUGAGCGUCUGUUCUGCUGGAUUGUGGGACGAAUCAAUGACAUCAUUGAGGUGAAAAACUAUGAUGCCAGAGUCCACGGGAAGAACACAGUCAUCGGGGUGCUGGACAUCUAUGGUUUUGAGAUUUUCCAGAACAACAGCUUUGAACAGUUCUGCAUCAACUACUGUAAUGAAAAGCUGCAGCAGCUUUUCAUCCAGCUGGUGCUGAAGCAGGAACAGGAAGAGUAUCAACGAGAAGGCAUCCCCUGGAAACAUAUUGAUUACUUCAAUAACCAGAUCAUUGUGGAUCUGGUGGAGCAGCAGCAUAAGGGCAUCUUCUCUGUGCUGGACGAAGCCUGUAUGAAUGUGGGCAAAGUCACAGAUGAGGUUUUCCUCCAAGGACUCAAUGGCAAGCUGGCCAAACACGUCCACUACACCAGCCGCAAGCUCUCACCGACUGACAAGAGCUUGGAGUUUGACAGAGACUUUCGCAUCAGGCACUAUGCAGGAGAUGUGGUGUACUCAGUGGUGGGUUUUAUUGAUAAGAACAAAGACACUCUGUUCCAGGAUUUCAAAAGACUGCUGUACAACAGUUCUAACCCAGUAUUGAAGGGAAUGUGGCCUGAGGGCAAAUUGAGCAUCACCGAGGUCACCAAACGACCACUGACAGCUGCAACACUCUUCAAAAACUCCAUGAUCUCGUUGGUGGAGAACCUGGCCUGCAAGGAACCCUACUAUGUUCGCUGCAUCAAGCCCAACGAUGUCAAGUCCCCUCUACUCUUCGAGCAGGAGCGCUGCCGCCAUCAGGUGGAGUACCUCGGGCUGCUGGAGAACGUCAGAGUGCGGCGUGCUGGCUUCGCCUACAGACAGACAUACCCUCGCUUCCUACAGAGAUACAAGAUGAUCUCAGAGUUUACGUGGCCAAACCAUGACUUGCCAUCAGACAAAGAUGCAGUGAAGAGGCUCCUGCAGGGGUGUGGAUUUGACCACGACGUGGCCUACGGCAAAACCAAGGUCUUCAUCCGCACACCACGUACCCUCUUCAGCCUGGAGGAGCAGCGAGCCGAAAUGGUCCAGAGAAUUGUCCUCUUCCUCCAGAAGGUGUGGAGGGGCACCAUAGCCAGAAUGCGAUACCGGCGGAUGAGAGCGGCCCUCGUCAUCCUGCAGGCCUACCGACGCUACAAGGUCAGGUCCUACAUCCGCGAGGUCAACCGGCGUUUCAAAAAUGUCCGAUCAAUGAAAGAUUACGGCAGGCAUGUGAAGUGGCCCAUGCCCCCCAAAGUCCUGCGCAAGUUUGAAGAGGCACUCAGAAGCAUCUAUAACAGGUGGUGGGCAUGGACACUGAUCAAAGGCCUCUCUCCAGAAGAGGCCCUGCAGGUGAGGGCCAAGGUAGCCAGCCUGGAGGCCCUGAAGGGCCAGAGGGCCGACUUGGGUCUACAGAGGGCCUGGGAAGGAAACUACCUGAAGCGAGACAGCCCUGAUACAGCUGCAUCAUUCACACUGGUUUCCAGCGAGCUGCAGCGGAAAGACAAAUUCAUGAGAGUUCUGUUCUCCUGCAAUGUGCGCAAGAUCAACCGUUUCCACAAGGCAGAGGACCGGGCUGUGCUCAUCACUGACCGCCACCUGUACAAGAUGGACCCCCUGAAGCAGUACAAACCCAUGAAGAGCAUCCCCCUCUACAACGUGACGGGAGUGAGCGUGUCCCCUGGGAAGGACCAGCUGGUUGUGUUCCACACCAAGGACAGCAGGGAUCUCGUGGUGUGCCUGCAGGGCAUGGUACCUGCCAAUGAAAGCCGCAUCGGAGAGCUGGUUGGCACCGUACUCAGCCACUUCAAGAGUGAGAAGAGGAAGCUGCAGGUGAACAUCGCGAGUCCCAUCCAGUGCAGCAUGAACGGGAGGAAGUGCACGGUCAUUGUCGAGCCCAAGAUCAACCAAUCACAGCCAGACUUCACCAAGAGCCGAUCCGGUUACAUCCUGGCUGUUCCUGUCAACUAAACUGGGGCAAAUGGAAAAACAGUGACAGCUGAUUUCAAACCAGGCUGCGAUAAUGAUGACGAUUCACUUCUGAUUCACUUCUCGUGUUCUUUUUUUUUUUUUUUUUUUUUUUUUUUUGUUUUUGAUUUUGUUUUUUGCAGAGCUGCUGAUAAUGGGACGAUUUAGAUAGCAGCUCUGUAGGAGGAUUGGGGUAAUUGAAUCCUCAAAAUGCAAAGCCAUGCCAAAUUUGACCUGUUGUGUAGAUUUCUAUGCAAUGUUACUAUAAACAGGAAGUGUACAAUGCGCAUACAUGCAAAAUGUUAUUAGCUAAACAGGUCUUUAAAAAUGCACUACAGGAUAAUCCACCUAAGUGGUGUUCUUUCUUUCUUUUUUAAAUCCAAAUUUCAAAUGAUUUGCUUUGUGCAAUAUUGAGUUUAUUGUAGAUGGAAUAUUGUGGUGGUCAAGGUGAGAGGAGAUUAUGCGGCAACUGUUCUCUGAACCACUGAUGUUGCGUAAUUGGAAAAAAAAUCCAAAGGCUUUGCAGGGAAUUUAUUAAUCCCUGCAGCUCCCUGUGCAGGAGCCAGAUCAAAAGUGAACCCCUGAAAAAUGAAGUAAGAUACUAUUUAUGUAUGAUUUUUCAGAUACUCAGCUUUCGAUUAUCUGCUCUAAAAUAGAAGAAAACCUUUUUGUGAUUUAUAUUCUAAGGAAUAAUAAUGUGUUAAUGACCUUAAUUGAAGACUUACCUACCUAUGUGGUAAAUGAAAGGAAAUGCAGCGUCCACUUUUAGUUCAUUAAAUGUUUACAAUCACAUAUGGGAACAGCAAGUGCAAAAAUGUGAUUCAGUGGUUCAGUCAGUGUCUGAAAAGUCCAGAUCUUAAUUCAUUGUUAGUUUCUUAGUCACAGGAUGUGUUGAUCAUAUCCUGAACAUUGCAACCUGCUACAUGCAAAGCAUUAACAAUCUAAUUUAAAUCCUGCUUCCUAUACUCUCUACUGCAAUGUCUGUACUUUUUAUAAUACUCUAAUACUGCUUAUAUAUUAAAGGGUAGAAUAUACUUUAUGUGAACAGCAUACAAUUACAAAUAUGUGUGUGCACAGCACUUGUGCUGCAUUUAGUAUGACAGGGUAUGCUAUAACUAAAACUGAAAACAGAAGGCAAAUAUGAAGACGAUAACCAAAGCAUUACUUUUUUCUAAGAGGUAUUUUAAGUUCAAAUUCUCUUAAAAUGACUUAAAAAGGCUUAAUGCUCUACCUUAGCAGCAGAGGCCAGUACUGUAUAAUCCCACGUGAACUCCAGCCCCUGAACAUAGUAUCAUUUGCCGUCUUUGUGUUGAGUGAAUAGCCUAAUGACUUGUAGUGGUCCUUUGGAAUAGACUUCCAUUUGACAAAUACCCCCUUCAUCAGAGAGAAAGAGAGUGUGUGUACAACUGUGGGCGUGUGUGUACUGUACAUGUGUUGAUUGGCUCUUUUAGCUUCUCUUCUUGGCUCUGAGACUGAGAAGCUGGCUGGUGGCCACAGUGAAGGAGUGAAGACAGACGGGUGUGAAGUCUGUAAUCAGACUGCUGUCCUACUUUACCUCCCUGCCUAAUGAUGGGAAUGACUUUCUGUGUGAACAGUGGACUAUUUGGAGACUUAUUUUCAUCUGACGCUGCUGCUAAACUCCCUUCACUUUCCUCAAGCCAAAUCACACAAAUCAAAUCAUCAGCACUUGAGCACUGAGUUUGUUAUGUACUGUUCUCACAAGCUGUCGGCUGUGUUAAAAGUUUUCGCUCUGUUUUGAUUAGUGUUAGCACAUUACAAUAUGUUCUUUUUCCAACCAUUGCAAAAAUUUGUGGCAGCACAGAAGUACAUGAGGCGCAAAUAUCAGUUUUUUUUAUCGUGUAAAGAUGUUUGCUGCUCUAUAACCAACCUAAUUAUUCUAAUGUUAAAACUUUAUUCUUGACUUGAAACAGCAGUUGAGAAAACAAUCUCCACAAGGUAGCAUGCUGGAGCUAACCUCUAACAUGCUAGCUAGCCUGGCACACGCUGUAGCCAGUCAGUCAGCUCUCCAAGCUUCUUUCUAUUUUCUCUGUACUGGGUUGUUUACUCCCCCUGAUGUUUUGUUCUCAGGAUUGUACAUCAUAACAUUCAGAAAAGAGUUAUUGAAGGGGAGGGGGGGACUCUGACCUAGCGAGCUUGCUAACUGUAAAUUAGAUAGCAAGCUAACUAGCUCAGAUGCUAAUGGGGUAUUAUGUUCACACAGUUUAUUCAAAAGCCAUAUUUGUACCAUGGACUUCUGUCUCAUGACUGUCUGAAAACCUUUGCUGUUUUGUGGAGCAGCUUAUAGAGGACAUAAAAUAAAAGUGGAUACACAGCUAAAAAGCUACAAUAGCUUCCUCCAUUUAAGACUCUGGCUCUCCGUUCCUUCAAAGGUCAGCACAAGAUGAUUUGCAAUUGGUAGACGUGGCAAAUUUGCAUGUCAGAGUUCACCAAAGUUGAACUCGACUCAAAAAAUUUGCACACAUCUACUUCGCUCCCAUGAGCGAAUCUACUUAUUGCAGCGGAGCACUAAAAUGAAUUGAUUUCGAUUUUCUUAUCCAUCUAGGCUUUGAAGUACUCCGAAAAAAAUGAAAAUUUUAACAUCUACACUUCCAUGACAAAUAAGCAAACUCCAUCUGCUGAUGAAGAGCAUGUGAUAUGAUCGAAAGCUCCAGAACAUCUCCUACAUGGACCUUGUGUUGAGAUUGUUUUCUCAACUGCUGUUUCCCACGUCAAGAAUUAAAUUUGAACCUCAGCUUUGAAGCCAACGCGGACAAGAAGUCCCUAGUGCUCAUUAAAUUUGGUAAAUUAAAAUUUACCAUCUACAAUUUCAUGACAACCGGGCAAACUCCAUGUACUAAUGAAGAUCAUGCGAUAUGAUCGAAAGCUCCAGAACAAAUUAAUUAUUGCCUCUUUGCAUAGAACAUCCUCAUUGUUAGUUAUCAUACAUCUGGAAGGAAUUGAGCUAUUCUUACUUGAAUUUGCCUGAUAUUAAGUCGUCAUGAUGACGUGACCGUAAAUGUCACAAAUUCUUAGGAUGAGAAAAGAGACUUAGCUGUAUUGUGUGUAAAGAAUACUGACUGUGGGCUGAGGAGCGGCAGCCCAAGGUUAUGAAUCGGCGCUCCCUCUGUGUCUGGCCUAGUUGAAGAGGCAGAGGCACGCUUGUCGACUUUACUUCAACAGGAAGGAAAACUUGUUAUUAGUCAUUUUAGCCACAGUAGCACGGCCCUCUAAUUGUUGUCUGAACAAGUCGUUUAUCUUAAUUAGUUUGCGAGUGCCCCUGUCUUUUAAAGACGCGAAUCUCCAUUCUACCUCGCAGCUUUGUGGUGGCUGACCUUGUCCCGUUGCUUGAUAAGGCCGCUCUGAUGCAGAAAAGAGUUGUUUGGGGAAACUGGUGCAUUCAUAGUGUGGAUUAAGGAAGUGACAUGGGUAGCGUUAAUAGAUGGUUUUCAAAGGAGCUCAGGCGCAGGGGCUGCCUGUGAUGAGUGUGUGGCUGUGUGUGUGCGUGUGGACUAUAACACUGCAGCUCUCCAUAUCCUUCAGCAUGGUAAUCUCCCACAGGGCCACUCCUCCUCUCUGCUCUGCUAUUCACCGUUCAUCAUUAGGAUGGACUCCGUGUCACUUCUCACUUCAUCGCUUCUCUCUCUGCUUUCUUAAGGCAAAGGGGGUGGGCGAACAAAGCCUCGCUUGAAGAGGAGGAGUCCUCUUCUUUUCUACUCCCUUUCCUUUCUUUUCCUCUCUCCACCCCUCCCUCCCUCCCUCCUUUUCCACUUUCCUUCCUUUGUCAAAUCACUUCGCUCUUCAUCCAGUUGGGCUGACUGUACCAUCCUGCAGGGCAGUGAAGGUUUUCCAAUUUUUUGUUUUUUUCCUUCAGCCGUCCUGUGCCCAGGAGGCAUGGAAAUAAAAAGGGAAGCUACACCGGCAACAAGACGUGUCAAACAAUAGGAGUAUAAUGCAGCAACAAAAACUUCAGACAAAGCUGAAUAUAUUAACCUGAAAUGUAAAUAUUCUGGAUCCAAAACCUAUUAAAGGGUAAGGAUGGUGUCAUUCUAUAUCUGUAUUACUGUCAACAAAUCCCAUGAAAAGACCAAAACCAACAAUGUGUUAGUCUGUCUCUCAGUGCUUUUUGACUUCCCUGACCUGUCUGUGGCACACUACUAAAGAUGUAAAUCUUUAAAAACAGCUCACAAAUAUGUACUUUCAUUUUUUAAAAGUCAAAAUAGUUUCCUAAAACACCUGGUCACUGUAGUUUUUGGCAAUCGUGACUCAAACAGGAGGAAAUAGUGCAUUUGUCAGGGACUAUUUUCAGCAGCGGAUUAAUACUCAUUUGUUACUCUAGUGAGUAUUUACAGCAGCAGGACGGUGUUCGUGGGAUUGAAUCAAAAUAAUACGUGUGUGUGUUCAUGGUAAUGGAGGAACAUGUCACCCAGUGCAACAGUGUGGCUCAUUGAUGUGUUUUAAAUGUUUCUGGACAACAAUGGCGCUCUGUGGCACAGAGGAAGAAGAUAUAUCAGGCUUUGGAUACACACACAAUACUUAGUAGGUCUUUUCAUGGGAAUUGUUGACGAUUACAUAAAUAUGGAAUAUUACCAGAUUUAUCCUUUAAUGAUUUGUUUUUGGUGUGCAAACCCAAUCAGCAAAGAUUACUUUACCGCAAGUGUAAACAUCACAGGCUUUUCCUAAUCCUCCCUUUUUAAAUGGGCAUAAAAGAAUGUCAAAUAUGAAUGUUAAUACUAGGAGACGUGUGCCAUUGUGUUCUUCCCUGUACUGUUAUCUGUACUGGGUUCUUAACAAGUACUUUCCUCUAGUUUUCAGUGUUUUUGUUCCAGAAACAUUUGACACAAGACUCUAUUAUCAAGCCCGUCCAUGUUAGCCAAAGGGUAACAAAUUCCAUUUUCUUUUUAAUAAUUUAUUCCAUACUCUGUGGCUUUAAACAAAAUCUGUAUGUAUACAUCAUUCAUACAGUAUGUGCCUAGUUUUAUAUUAAGUUUAUAUUUUGCAUAUUUGGGAUUAGAUACCAUAAAUAUACUGUAAUAUCCAGACCAAGCCUAAAGGGGGAACUUUACCGUUGUAAUACUAUUUUUGUGCAAAUGUAUUCUGUAUAAAUCCAGAUUAUGCAUUCCAUGAUGUUCCAUAAUGAUAAAUAUUUCAUUAAUCAUUUUAUUAAUAAAUUUAUUUGCUCCAA